UGUUUUCGUACUCAGUUGUAACUUAACUUUCACGGUGUUCAUAAUACAAAAAAAAAUGCAUCACGUAUCUCUUUGGUAUUUCAGGCUUUUGGUUAUAGCUGCAACCGUUACAUAUGUACUGGCCGUUACGUGUUACACCUGCAAUGGAGAUGGGUGUGGGGAUCCGUUUGACGAAAGCCAAGCUGUACAAAUAUCCUGUAACGGAAGUUGUCUGAAGGAAAGGAAAAGAAAAGAUUCAUUGAUCAAUCCAUCCGUCAAUCCUUAUUAUGUCCAAACCGUCGCUGAUGUACAUUUUUCAACAGAUGUACAGAGGCAUUGUAUUGGUUUGCCAUCUGGUGUCUCACUUGACGACAAUUGUAACAAGGUAGAAGGCAAAGAAACCUGUUUUUGCUCCACGGAUUUAUGUAACGGAUCCGGCAAAAGAAACAUUUCACUUAUUAGUGUUAUAACAUGUAUAAUGUCUUUCCUCGCAUUAGUUUUGUUGAAGUAAUGAACGAUGAUAAAAAGUGCACUCUCCACAAAAAUACAACGAUAAAGGGGCAUUUUACUUCUAUAUAAUCUAUAAAAAGCUUUGAAUGCCAUUCCCUGAUACGCUUACAAGCAAGUUUUUGUAAAAAAUAACAGGUCAAUAUAAAAGUAUAUUCACAACAGUUUAUUCUUCUUCUAAAAUAGAUUUUAUGGAAAGCCCACAAAAGAUGAGUGCUAUGACGUGACGUCAAGCCAAGUUUGUUUCUAUUAUUCUGAAAAAAAACACAGACACUAAAAAAACAACAACAACAACAAACGUUGGGCACCGAUUAAAACCGAUUUAUGGGAGAAUUGAUAUCUUAUAUAGAUUAUACAAUAAAACAGAUUUGUACUUUCUAGAUAGUAAAUAUGAUGUGAUAUGUACUGAAAAAAAA